GGUUAGGGUUGAUGUAUCAUAUUUCAAGAGGCUGAAUUUCUUAAAACUUUCGAAUACGUCAUUUGUACUUAUGACAAGGAAGUAGUCCCCCUAUAUAAAGAUCUAAAAAGUCAUCCUAAGUUCAUAGAAGACUGGUGGCAUUUUCUACACCAUGCUUAGGUUCCGUUACCUCACUGUUCUACUCUUAAUUUGUCUGCUGACCAUAGACCAUACAGAAUCCUGGCGUAGAAGACGCUUCCGGCGAUUUACCAGCAGGAUAGGACGCGCAGUCAGGAGAGUCAGAAUGAGAAGAGUGGGCACCGCGAUCUCUGUCAUCCGCACAUUAGGGAUCCUGGCUGGAGCAGGGAAGCGAUCAGCAGAAAAUGUGCUUCCUAACCUAGAUGUCUGUAGAUUUGACACACUUGAUUUGAAUGACGACAAUGAAAUCUCGCAAGAGGAAUUAUCUGUUCUCAUCCAAAUGUCAGGACUGGAGGAAUUGGAUGAUCUGUUCGCUAAUCUGGACAAGGAUAAAAAUGAUGUGGUGACACGAGAAGAGUACGAUGAUGAACUUGGAAGCGAUGUUUGUAAGGAGGAGAAUGAGAAGACAGAUGAGGAGGAGCAGAAUGAGAUGACAGGUGAUUUGCAAGACAAUGGAUCAGCUAAAUCAGAAGACGUGUAAUCUGAUGAUUUAUAGUCUCUCGUGUUAAAGCAUUUAGUGCAUUUAAUAAUGUAAAUGUUUGGUAAAUGGAUAGCUUACACAACAUUGCUUUAUAAUAUUUGAUUGCUUUAAAUGUGCAAUUUCUGUGUUGCUGAGAAGAUGACAAUAAAUUCAGAACAAUCUGAUCUUUUUAUGAA